AUGAGUGAUUCAGAUAUUGAAAACCUUGAGGAUGAGUAUCUCAUGGCCACCAGGAAACGUCGUGCCAAUGCUGGUAGUAAGAUGAAGAAACUUAUAGCACAAGAAGUGGAAGAGAUGCAAUCGAAAACAGAGUCGUUGAACGACGACGAGCUCGAUCUGCUGUUCAAAGAAGAUGCUGAGGACGAGGAUUUUGAAGAUGGCAAGAGUGAGGAGAGUGGUGUUGAAGAGUUGGUCGAGCAAGAAGCGGCAUCGCAAGUGGAAGAUAACGAUCUGUUGGUUAGUGAAUCAGAGGAAGAGGUAUCUGAACAAGAUGAUGAGAGCAAUGAAAAGGAGCUACAGAGGCAGGAGAGUUUACAGCAGAAGAGAAAGAGGAGAUCCAAGCCACCGAUCAUUAAGCGGAAGGCAGCAAAAGCUGUUGGAACGGCCAGUCCCGCAGAAGCAGUGAAGAAAAAGACUGCUUAUGAAGUGUUGAAGGCUGAAAGUCUGCUGGUCUCGGACAGACGUACUUCAAAAAGAUCCCACGUCGUGGCAAACAAGCUGGAGGUUUAUGAGAAACUGUCGUUGGCGGAACAGAAGCGUAAAAUAAUACAGGAAAGGCUCAAAAAGCAUAAGGAAAAGCAGAAUGAAAAGGUUCUAACCCAACAAGAUCGUCUGCGGCUGUCGCUGGAGACAGAGAAAUUGAAUUUGCAAAGUCUCGAUAAGUAUAAGGAACAGGAGAUUUCCAAGAAGCAGACCAGAUUGGCCAUUCAGCAACGGCAAAAGACGAAAUUCAAACCGGGAGAACCGAUACUGCGCGAGUUGACCACUUCUUGGAUAGUUACACCUAUAAUGGAAUAUGAAGAUAAGCUCUAUUGGGAUGAACAACAGAGAAAGCGUGAAAAGAAGAGAAAGAAGUAUCCUCGCAGACAAGCAAAGAAAAAGAGCCCGGCGCCCGCUGGGAAGGAUUCUAAGCUGGAAUCUCAGCAGAAGAACGGAGAAACGGCGGUGAAGAAUGAAAACGGGAAGGCUGAAAUGGCAAUUGGAAACGAAUCCAAAGAUCCGGGAACAAUGGGACCUGGAGCGGUAAAGCCAAGUGAUGUUACUGAAGGGCAAAAUGACGGAGCAGCAGGCUUGAAUGGUGGGCAAAAGAGCGUUAAAAACGGGAUAUCGUCAAGCAAUGUGCAGCGUGAUUCAAUGCGCCAAGCGGAGAGCGAACCAGCAGUCAUCGAGACGGAGUCAAGAGAUCAAAUGGUCCUCAUCGAUCAAGGCAUGGAGCAAAAAGGUCUUACGAUUGAAUCCUCAGAGCGGAAAGUCGAUGAAAUUGCCAUCAAUGCGGUGACAGGCCAGCCCGCUGUGUCCGAGAAUAGUAGAAAUGAGGAUCAGAUAAGUCAACAGGAUGAGUUGUCUAGUUCGUCGCAGAUUAAAGUCGAAAGUUCUCAGAACGUCGAUGGGAGUGCGGCUGAUCAACCGCCAGUCUGCCUGCAACCAGAGAAUUCAGAAGUCUUUACCGAAAAGAACGGGGAACCCAGUUCUGCAGGAGGCCCCCAUGUAUCUUUCGCUGAGACUGACACCCUGCAGGCAGGCCAGCAGGUUUCUGAUGUCUCGAAAUCCGUGGGAGUAAACGAAUCGGCAACACCAGAGCUUAUCGAUGAUAACGGCACCGAGGAAGAGAUGAUAUUGGAGGGCCCGGCACAAGAAGUAUCGAAAAACUUUGUGACAGUAUACAACUUCGGGUCAGAUUCAUGCAACUUCGAUUUUCGAGCAAGUCUCUUUGGCCCUCAAUGGCAGGGAUCGCAUAAUCAAAGGGCUGCAAAUGUUGAAAACAUCUGCAAGAUAUCUUUACCUGAAAACCCUUUAUCUUCAUCAGAGAAAUCACCCAUUAUACCGGAUUUAUCGUUCUUGAGCAAUUUUCCAGUUUUUGGAGAAUAUGGGAAGAGAGUGGUCUAUGACGUUGGACUCAACACAGGCAAGGAAAUGGAGAUAGAGAUCAAAACCCAGCCGCCUAGCGGUGUUCUAUUCUCAAACGGUGUACGAAAAAAGUGCUUCAUCACCAGCAAAGAAUGCCAAUACUUUGAUCCUAAGAAUGGUGUUCCAUACUCGGAUGUUGAGGCUUAUAAAGUCAUUCAAGAGCUUCAAGAUCCUCUCGGCAGUGGAAGCGAAGAUUCUCCUAAUCCACACUUUCAGUGGUUUGGAUUCAAGAACGGGGGAGUAUAUCUCGAUAUGCUGCAACGACCUGCAAGCGGGGUUCCUGAAGGCUUCUGA